CGGCACCUGUUAGAGCGAAACUCCUCAAAAACAGUCAUUAUGAUGCGGUGCCUCUGGGCCAGAGAUGCAGAUGGGAGUCUGAUCGCACAUUGACGCCCAGCAGUGGACAGGAAGUACAUGUACGCCUCCUGCGGGUCUCUCCCCACCAGUGGUGUCGGGCUAGUAGUGUGUGUGUUUUGGUGGCGGCUUUCAGAAGUUGACUUUUUAUUGUAGUCAGAAUGGGGAGCGAGCUGUAGCGGGGCAGGAGAAUGCUGAAACGUGGUGGUAAGUGUAGCUACAACCCUUACGCCACGAGUCAAAGAGUUAGGAAAGCAGAGGGCAAAGGCAAGGACGGGCUGGACAUCCUGCCCAACAAGCACACCAUAUGGCUUAAGCAGCUGUCCAUACUGCAAGAGCAGCCUCGGAAGGAUGCGGGCGACACCAGCCUCUCUUCCUCGUCCUUCUCCUCCUCUUCCACACUUACCCCGACCUCAGCGGGGCACCAGGACCUCUCCCCGUCAUGCCCGGGCACCCCGAGCACUCAGCACGGCAAGCUGCAGGGAGUGGGCUGCGCGUCCCCCGUGUCCACCCUGAAGAGGCCGACCACGCUCAGCCGCCACAGCAGUGCUGCAGGCUUCCCGCUCCCAUCGUGGGUCCACACGAGGGGCCAGGGAAAGGGGGCCCUGACCCCGUCUCCUCAGCCCGAGAGUCCGGACAGCGCGGCCAUCGAGGUGGAGGACAUCCCGGCCCUGCUGAGGGACGUGGCGCGCUUCGCGGAGGCCGUGGAGAAGCUGAAGGAUGUCGUGUUGACUGAGGGUAAGGAAAGCCAGCGGCCCGUGGCCCACGAGUGUCUGGGAGAGGUUCUGCGUGUUCUCCGUCAGGUCAUCAACACAUACCCUCUGCUGAACACCGUGGAGAUCCUCACCGCUGCCGGCAAACUCAUAUCCAAGGUUAAAGGUUUCCACUAUGAGGCGAGUAAUGAGGCUGAUAAGAAAGACUUUGAGAAAGCAAUUGAAACAAUUGCAGUGGCUUUUAGCAGCAACGUGUCUGAACUGCUGAUGGGAGAGGUGGACAGCAGCACGCUGCUCUCCCUGCUGCCCACAGAGAAGAGCAGGUCUAUGGAGAACUUGUACACCUCACCAGGCCAGGGAACAGAUGGACACUUCAGGAGCGACCUGCAGGACACGGGCAGAGUGGAGGAAGUGGACGUGGUCCUGCAGCGCAGUGAGGGAGGGGUGGACUCGGCUCUGCUUUAUGCCAAGAUGAUUUCCAAGUACAUGAAGGACCUGAUGAGCUACGUGGAAAAGAGAACUUCACUGGAAACUGAAUUCUCAAAAGGCCUUCAGAGAUUAUAUCAGUCCUGCAAGCACAGCAUAACACAUCCCCACAUGCCCCUCUUCUCCAUCUACUCUCUGGCUCUGGAGCAGGACCAGGAGCAGAGCGUGGGGCUGCAGCAGGCCAACACCACCCUGCACAACCAGACCUUCAUCCAGCCUCUGAUGCAGCGCACCAAGGAGCACGAGAAGAAACGGAAGGAGAUAAAGGAGCAUUGGACUCGAGCUAAGAGAAAACUGAUGGAGUGUGAGUCAAACCUGCGCAAGGCCAAGCAAGGCUACAUGGUCCGCCGUGAGGAGUAUGACAAGGCUAUGUCAGCGACCUGCAAAGCGGAGGAGGAGGGAGGGGGCUCUACCGCUAAGUCUGUAGAGAAGAAGAAACGGCUGGAGGAAGAGGCUCGCAACAAGGCAGACGAGGCGGAGGCCACCUACCGUACAUGUAUAGCAGAUGCCACCACUCAGCAGCUGGACCUGGAACACACAAAGGUCACAGUGCUGAGGCAGCUGCAGGACAUCGUCAAGCAGAGCGAUCAGACCCUGCGCUCGGCCACCAUCUCCUACUACCAGCUCAUGCACAUGCAGACCGUGGCCUUGCCGGUCCACUACCAGACGCUGUGUGAGAGCAGUAAACUGUACGACCCCGGCCAGCAGUACGCAGCCCACGUGCGAGACCUACAGCUCCCCGAGCAGCCCAAUGUCCACUACUCAUUUGAGUCGUACUCCCCCGUCAGUGCGUCGUCACACCAUGGCCACAGACUGAGAAAUGACAGUUUCAACACUGACACGGUUCAGACAGACUGUCCUACUAUCAGCGUGGAUUCAGCAGCUGCAGACGCAGAGGUUCAGCGCAAGAGACAGGGCCACAAGUCAUGGGGUUCAACAGUAAGCAACGACAGCGUUGGAGGAGAGGGAGGGCUGGAUUCUCCCACUGCAAGCACGGGUGAUGUCACGAAAAUGGCUCGGACGUCAUCAACGGGUACGAUGUCAUCCGAUGACGAUGUGGACGAGAAGGACGGGAAUGUGUCCUCUUUUGAAAGUCCAAAUAUAAACGGCAUGGAUCCAGACGUGGUGGUUUCCACCAGACCUUUCCGGAACGUCGGCUUGUCCAAAGCAGCACAAACUCACCGACUCAGGAAGCUGCGGACUCCUUCCAAGUGUCGCGAGUGUGACAGUUACGUUUACUUCCAAGGGGCCGAGUGUGAAGAGUGUUUCCUGGCGUGUCACAAGCGCUGUCUCGAGACUCUGGCUAUCCAGUGUGGUCAUAAGAAGCUGCAGGGGCGUCUUCAGCUGUUCGGCAGGGAGUUUUCUCAGGUAGCCUGUGCCAGCGACAGCAUACCCUUCAUCAUCACCAAGUGCAUCACGGAAAUAGAAAGACGUGCACUCAAGAUGAAGGGAAUCUACAGGGUGAACGGGGUGAAGACUCGAGUGGAAAAGCUGUGUCAGGCCUUUGAGAACGGGAAGGAACUGGUGGAGUUGUCUCAGUGUUCCCCGCACGACAUCAGCAACGUCCUCAAGCUCUACCUCAGACAGCUGCCAGAGCCCAUCAUGCUUUUCCAUCUGUACAACAGACUGAUGGGUCUGGCCAAGGAAAGCCUCCAGAGCGAGGGAGACGGGGCGGAGGGAGAGGAGGCUGAGUCUGGCGGGACUAGCCUGGGGGUGAGCAGGGGGCCUGAGCUCGUGGACCGGGGCCCCGACACCGACCGAGAAGUCCUGGUCUUGGUGGACAGUCUGAGGGACCUCGUGAAGGACCUGCCCAAAGCUAAUUUGGCCACGCUGCGCUACAUCGCUCGCCACCUUCGAAGGAUUGCAGAGCUGGAGGAAGAUAACAAGAUGAGUCCUAGUAAUUUGGGGAUUGUCUUUGGGCCAUCCCUAAUGCGCCCUCGUCCGACGGGGGCCACGAUAUCUCUGUCCUCUCUGGUGGAUUACCCUCACCAGGCCCGCAUCGUGGAGGCCUUCAUAGUCUUCUAUUCAUCCAUCUUCCAGUCAAAAACCUCUCAGUCCAACAAAACUUCCCGCUCCGCUUCCAGCACCACUCCGAAGGAAAGUGUUGAAUGUGAGAAGAUGGAGGGCUCUGGUGAUGCAGAAGAGGAUGACAGCAAAGAAGAGAACAAGCCAGACUCUGACAAGCUGGAGGAGGGAUGUGGAAGUUCUUUGGGGUCACUGGGCUCCAGCGAGCAGCUCCGAGACUCUGACUCUGAUGACAGUGUGCAGAGGAGCCGCGGCCUGAUGAAGCAGGAGAGCGAGGUGAGCAUGGACGAGGACCAGUUGAGCUACAGGGACAGUCUGGACCUGUCCACUCAAUCUGCCAUGAACCCAGACCCGGAGCAGGAUGUGGAUCAGGACGACAACCCAGAAGAAGCAGAGCCACCGGCUCUACCAGAGAGCGGCCCUCCCGAUGAGACGGCCGCCUCGCAGGAUCUGACUGUCUCUCAGGCUGAGCUCAACGUGAACCAGUCCAACAACAACCAGCUGAACAACAACAACCAGCCGCACAACAACCAGCCGCACUCCCCCAUGCCGAGCUUGCUGGGGCUUCCACUGACACGUCUGUGCAGAAAGAAAUUACCCCUGACGCGGAACCGGGACAGCGAGGCCGACUUUGUCUGAUGUCACAAUCUUUGCAUACAAGCUGUCAGAGAGGCAGAGGCGGGUGGUUCUAGACGUUAAAACUGAAAGGAUGCUCUUUACACCAAAAUCAAUUGUCAAGUUUUUAAAACUGUGUUGUAGUUUGAUGCAGCAUUGAUCUAUCCUGCCUGUGAAACCUCUAUGCUUUCUGCUCUUUGAUGCAGUUAAGCCAGGUUUGCCUUAAAUAAUUAUAAAUGUUCUUUGUCUCAUAAGUGUUUUUUUUCCUGAGAUGUAAAAGCAACCACAUCAGAAUAUGUAUACUGUGUAAUGUAUCAACUUUCUAAGCAGAUUCCUUUUUAAAAGUGCUGCUGGUUUUAUUUCAGCCCUGAAAUUUCAAGACGUUUGUCACUUGUACUCUUUAAUAUAGAUGUUUGAACUAUUUUAAUAAAAUUUUUAAAGUUC